ACCAUUUAAACUGACUAGAUUGAAGCCUGACACGUCCAACAUCUUCUUCUUCAAUACCCUUUCGUUACCAUUUCUAUAUAUACUUGUUCAUACUCUUCAUCUGAUUCAGUUCUAAAGUGAAUUAUACUCUUUUUACCCAGCUUUAUUUCCUUCAUAAUGAGAACAGAAGACGGGAAAGGAGCUUAUUCGGAUAACAAUUCCGAUAGCGAGAGCAUUUCCAGUGACAGAACCGCUUUCAGUGGCCCUCUCGGUGCUGCUAUUCAUAACAACAAAAGGGCCUCCAAGAAGAGCGCCAGGUUCAAUCUUUCAAAUGAGAUAAUAAACGCUUCAAAUCCUACUGCUGAUGAUGACAAUUACGUCGAGAUCACUCUCGACAUUCGCGACGAUUCUGUUGCCGUUCACAGCGUGCAACAUGCCGGAGGCGGAGGAGCUCUACAUGAGGAUCCGGAGUUGGCUUUGUUGGCGAAGAAGGCGUUAGAGAACAAAUCCUCCUCCGUUCGCUCUUCGUUGUUUCGCAAUACGUCGUCGCAUCUAAAGCAAGUUUCUCAAGAGCUCAAACGUCUCGCUUCGUUUACUAAACGAUCGAGCAGGCGGUUUGAUCGCACAAAAUCAGCUGCUGCACACGCCUUGAAAGGUCUCAAGUUCAUCACGGCAAAAACAGGAGCUGCUGGAAAUGGAUGGCCUGAUGUCGAGAAGAGAUUUAACAACCUCACCGCCUCCACAAACGGCAUGCUUCAGAGCUCAAUGUUCGGCGAAUGUAUAGGUAUGAACUCGAAGGAGUUCGCGGGAGAAUUAUUUAAGGCUCUGGGUCGGAAGCAUAAUGUAGCCGGAGAUGCGAUUACAAAGGCACAACUCAAACUAUUUUGGGAUCAAAUUUCUGAUGAGAGUUUCGAUUCCAGGCUGCAGACUUUCUUUGACAUGGUUGAUAAAGAUCAAGACGGAAGGAUCACAGAAGAAGAAGUCAAAGAGAUUAUAACUCUUAGUGCUUCUGCAAACAAGUUGUCAAACAUUCAGAAGCAAGCACAGGAAUAUACAGCUUUGAUUAUGGAAGAAUUAGACCCUGAUAAUGUUGGAUACAUUAUGGUUCAUAACCUGGAAACACUUCUUUUGCAAGCACCAAAUCAAUCAGUGAGGGUUGGAGAUAGCAGAAUUCUGAGUCAAUUACUGAGCCAGAAGCUGCAGCCUACACAAGAGAGCAACAUUGUGACAAGAAAUUAUGAGAAAAUGAAGUACUUUUUGACUGAUAAUUGGCAAAGAAUUUGGAUUAUGAUGCUGUGGCUCGGAAUUGCAUCGGGUUUAUUCACGUAUAAGUUCAUUCAAUAUCGACACAAAGCCGCCUAUGAUGUGAUGGGGUAUUGUGUUUGCAUUGCUAAAGGAGGAGCAGAAACUCUUAAAUUUAACAUGGCUUUGAUUUUACUACCAGUUUGCCGCAACACCAUUACUUGGCUGAGAAACAAGACCAAAUUAGGUCUUGCGGUGCCCUUUGAUGAUAAUUUGAAUUUCCAUAAGGUGAUUGCGGUGGGGAUUGUAAUUGGAGUUGUUCUUCAUGGUGGGGCUCAUUUGACUUGUGAUUUCCCGAGGCUUCUUCAUGCCUCAGAAGAGAAAUAUGAACCUAUGGAGCAAUAUUUUGGGGAUCAACCAACAAGUUAUUGGUGGUUUGUUAAGGGAGUUGAAGGGAUUACAGGAAUUAUAAUGGUGGUGUUGAUGGCUAUAGCUUUUACACUCGCCACCCCUUGGUUUCGACGCAACAAGCUUAACCUCCCUAAACCCCUUAAAAAACUCACUGGCUUCAACGCCUUUUGGUACUCACACCAUCUGUUCGUAAUAGUCUACACUCUCCUGGUCGUUCAUGGAAUUUACCUGUACCUCACCAAAACGUGGUAUCAAAAGACAACGUGGAUGUAUCUUGCUGUGCCUGUUCUUCUAUAUGGUUGUGAGAGGCUGAUUAGAGCUUUUAGAUCAAGCAUAAAGCCUGUGAAGAUUCUAAAGGUUGCUGUCUACCCUGGAAAUGUAUUGGCUUUGCACAUGUCAAAACCUCAAGGAUUCAAAUACAAGAGUGGACAAUACAUGUUUGUCAAUUGUGCAGCUGUCUCUCCUUUUGAGUGGCACCCAUUUUCCAUCACUUCAGCCCCCGGAGAUGACUAUCUUAGUGUUCACAUUCGAACUCUUGGUGAUUGGACUCGACAACUCAGAACUGUUUUCUCCGAGGUUUGUCAGCCCCCACCCGCCGGAAAAAGUGGACUUCUAAGAGCUGAUUACAUGCGAGGAGGAAGCAACCCAAGCUUUCCCAAGAUUUUGAUAGACGGUCCAUACGGGGCACCAGCACAAGACUACAAACAAUAUGAUGUGGUGCUACUUGUGGGAUUAGGAAUUGGAGCAACACCUAUGAUCAGUAUUGUUAAGGACAUAAUAAAUAAUAUUCACUCAGAUGAAAAUUCAGAUUUGGAAAGUGGGAGAUCAUCAAGUGGCAAUAAAAACAAUAGCAAAGGAUCCUUCAAAACACAGAAGGCAUACUUCUAUUGGGUGACACGUGAGCAAGGCUCAUUCGAAUGGUUUAAAGGAAUAAUGAAUGAAGUGGCUGAGAUGGAUAAGAAACAAGUAAUAGAAUUACACAACUAUUGCACAAGUGUGUACGAAGAAGGAGAUGCAAGAUCAGCUUUGAUAGCAAUGCUUCAAUCUUUAGAACAUGCUAAGAAUGGUGUAGAUGUGGUAUCAGGAACAAGAGUUAAAUCCCAUUUUGCAAAGCCAAAUUGGAGGCAAGUUUACAAGAAAAUUGCUCUUCAUCACCCGGAUUCUAGAAUUGGAGUUUUCUAUUGUGGGGCACCAGCACUAACAAAGGAGCUAAGACAACUGGCUUCGGACUUUUCUCACAAGACAUCCACUAAGUUUGAUUUUCAUAAAGAGAAUUUUUGAACAAAUUAAGGGGAUAAUAAUGAAGAGGAAGAGGAAGAUGAUGAUGAGAUUGAGAUUGGUGAUAAUAAUUUAUUAAUACCUUGUAAUCACCAACAAUUUCAUCACCCAAUUGCAAAUAGUCAUUUAAUUUAGCUUACAUUUAUUUUUAUUUUUCAUUUAAUUAAAUCCAAAUACAUGUCUUGAAGUCUUAGUAGGGUGGUACCUUUUGAUAAAAGUCUAAUCUUUCGGCUA